UGGAAGACUGGAAUACUAAGUUUAAUAAAAGAUGCUCCAGGGAGUCAACGGUCAAUCAAACCUGUCUUAGAAGUUUAAAUUCAUAGGACUUUGAGAGAGGGAAAUAGGAAGAGAUCAGAUGGGAAGCUUACGUUUGAUCAAACCCCUUUUCUUCAUUCUCGCAGCCGCACACUUCAUAUUUCCCACUACUUCUCAGCCAGAUUUUUUAUUCCGCACCUGUUCCAACAACAGCAACUACACAAAAAACAGCACUUUCAGCAAAAACCUCAGCAACGUACUUCUCUCCAUCUCUUCCAACACGCGUUUCAAUAAUUACAGUUUCUAUAACGCCACUUCCGGCCACAACCCCGACCGAGCCACCGCUCUAGCUCUUUGCCGUGGAGGCGUUCCCUUAGAACAAUGUAGAAGCUGUGUCUAUAACUCCACCCUCAGAAUCACUCAAGAUUGUCCAUACCAGAAAGAAGCAGCGGGAUGGUAUCAAGACUGUCAAAUUCGUUACUCAAACAACUCUAUUUACGGCAUGGAAGACAGCAGUCCCCAGGUUUUCUUCUGGAACCUUCGAACAGCAGAUGAUCCGGUGGGGUUCAAUGAUGCGUUGUGGAAUUUGCUUGAUGGGCUGAGGAAGGAGGCGGCGUUGGGGAGCUCUGUUCUGAAGUCGGCUUGGGGAGGGGAGAAGAUUCGAAGUCCAAGUAUGGAUACAGUUUAUGGGUUGGUUGAUUGCUAUCCUGAUUUGUCUUAUUUGGGUUGUUUUGAUUGCCUUCGUAAUCUUCAAACUAUUAUCCCAAGUUGUUGUAAUGCGAGUAUAGGGGUGAGAUUAAUUGCAACUAGUUGUCAACUCAAUUAUGAGUUCCACCCCAUUUAUCCCCUACCUCCAACUCCACCCCCGCCUCCUUAUUCUCCUCCACCGCCUCCUUCUCCUCUGGCCUUGCUAUCUCCAACUUCGUCUCCGAAACCUGGUACACUUAUGGGGAAAAAUUGAUGUCAUGAAUAAAAAUUACUACUUUUGUUUUUGUGCG